ACAGAUAACACACCUGCGUGUAUUCCCACAGUCGACAUUCUGGUGACGUAGAGGUACCAAUCCUUGUCCAGUCAGUGUUCCCACAAGGUAUCUGCCAUGUUGAAGUUAGCCGUGCUCUCUGUUCUCACUGCUUAUGCUGCCGCCCAACUCCUUCCAGGCGGCGGCUGCCCGGCGUCGGAGUUCAAGUGCGACAACCACGACUGUAUUGAGGUAGACUGGGUCUGUGACUCGGAGAAGGAUUGCCGGGACGGCUCUGACGAGAAGAACUGCGGCAACGAUUGCUCCGGAAAGAACCAGUUCAAGUGCGCCAACGGGAAAUGCAUCCCCCGUGUCUACCACUGCGACAAGGACGACGACUGCGGCGACAACAGUGACGAGAAUGAGUGUGAUGUGUGCGCGGCUGAUCAGUUCCGUUGCUCCAACGGCAAAUGCAUCAACGCAGUUUGGAGAUGCGACUGGGACGACGACUGCAGUGACCACUCCGAUGAGAACAUGUGUGGAACCACCUGCCUUGCCGCUCAAUUCCGUUGUAACAACACACAGUGUAUAGAUGCCCGAUGGAUUUGCGAUGGUUCCAAGGAUUGCAAAGAUGGUUCUGACGAGGUCGGCUGUGUCGGUCACUGCACGUCCACACAGAUCCAGUGCAAGAACAACCUGUGCGUCCCAAGGAAGUGGAUGUGUGACGGCGACGAUGACUGCGGUGACAUCACCGACGAAACACACUGUCCUACCGGUACAAUUCCACCUGGCACCUGUAUUGACAUGUUGGUUGGGCGUGGCUGCGACCUGAUGAACACUACCCACAGUCCCAUCUGCCUCGACCAGGAGGACGGACAGAAGUUCUGCAGGAAGUACUGUGGCAUGUGUACCUAAACGCGGAAUAAACAAACAUUAAUGAUGA